AUGAUCAAAGCCAUCUUCUACAGCAAGUUCGACACACAGGAGGGCCCGAAGGUCGUCCAUCAGGUCCCCGAUGGAGCUAUUAGCCCUUCAUCAACCGCGCCCGCGCAGCCCCUCUUAACUUUCUCCGACAUCUCGUUCUUCGUGAUCCCGCGCCAGGAGCUUUGCGGCAACCUCCUCCAGGUCUGCACUAAUGGUUACCGUAUCCUGGGAUACCCAAUCUGCAUGAAAUCCCCUCGCUACGACCGCAAUGAGUUCAUCUUCAACUUCUGCGUGGUGCUGGCUGAGGAGGACGAUUUCAGCACCUACAAAAGUGUGGUGCAGAAGCUGGCCGAUAUGAUGCAUGCUCUUGAGGAACAAAAUGGGUUCCUGUCACGAGAUUUCUCGAAAAGUGGUGAAGGCAAGGUAUACAGUCUUUGCGAGAUGCUGAUGGAGGACCUUAAUAACUACUGCGAGUGCAUGAUACCCAUUGAUGAACUGAAUACACUGAACAUCAAGUUGUUCCCUAUUUAUCCUUCUCCGCCGCCUGUCAAGGCUUGGCAGGUUCCUCUAUUCACAGUGCGAUACCAUGCCUUCAUGGAUGAGAACUGGGACCUGACCUUGCAACGGAUCGUACCUCAUAUCAACGGCGUCAAUAGCGUUCGCAUUAUCUCCAUCUUAGCCGAUACCGACUUUUCCCUCACCUGCCGCGCAAUCCGACACCUAUUAUACUACGGCUGCCUAUUCAUCCUAGACAUCUUCUCCUUCUCCGCAAUCUACGCGCCAACAGCACAAUUUAGCUGCACGAUAGCCGCAGACGAAUCCAUGCAACUCGAAUGUGCACGCUACGUGAAUACCCGCUUCGCACCACAUCCCGCCAUCGGCCCUCGCACACCCCUUCCCCCAGUACCAGCCGCAGGAACCAGCGGAAACAGCAGUGUCGCCGCCGGUCCCUUAGUAGGCUCCCUCACCGACCAAGCGAUAAGCGUAUCGCGCGAAGAGUCCCGCUUCGACGCCGAAGAAAUCUGGCCCUUACUAGGCGGCGAAGACACGAACGGGCUACCACACACGCCCGAAACACCAGAUCACGAUAUCACGCAUGUAGGUCAAUUCCCGAAGGUAGUAGAUGGCGUAGGCAUCGUCGAGCUGUACGCCAGCCUGAAACAAGGCCAGAGCGUCAAGCAAUGGUACUCGCAACACAGCCGCGAACUGGCCAACAUCGAUAUCCGGCGCUUCAUAACUUUCGGUGUGAUCAAGGGCUUCCUUUACCGCGUGCACAAAUACGCUUGUGCAACUGGACAACCGGCAUCCGCGCCGCGUUCUUCAUCUGUCCUUCCUGCUCGUGACUCGACUGGUCCGUCGUCUCGUGCUACAACAGGGACGAAUACGCCAUACAUGACGUCUAGUGUUGGGGAGGAAGCACCGAUAUCAUCGGCAGCUCGGCGUGAAACGAGUCGUGAGCGUGCGCCGUCGUUUCAGAGUGGGGGUCGUGGUGGAGUUGGAGGGAGUGGGCCGUCGGGAUUAUUUGAGGAUGAAGAAGAGGAGAUUGAUGAUCGUACCUUGUCGAAGUAUCUUGAUGGGACCCAUUGUCUUGAUCAGAUCUGUACGGAGCUGGAGAUUAGUGAGCGGGAGUUGACGGCUCGAUUGAAGCGAUAUCCUGGGGAGGUGUUGAUUGUGCAUCGGUAA